AUGAGCCUUCUCCUUGCUUUCGAGCUGCUGCUGCUCCUGCUUGCCUUGCCACACCUUUUUUGUGCCUCAAAUUCUACACAUUCGUCACUGGAUCGUCAAGCAGACGCACUUCUCCAAUGGAAAUCUAGCCUCAACAGUUGGUCCAAUGAUCGCCUGGACUCAUGGACAAAGGGAAGCAACCCUUGUGACUGGGAUGGCGUUGCAUGCGGCAACAACGUGCUGCCUCGUGGCCGUGACCAGGGUGGUGCUGCCCUAGUUGUGUCCAACAUUUCGCUUGUGGGGUUUUCCCUUGUUGGCAUGUUGGACAGGCUCCACUUUCCAGAUUUGCCCCAUCUUGUGUAUCUAGACCUUAGUGGCAACAUUCUCCAGGGCUCAAUCCCAUCAAGCAUUGCUGCUCUUGCCCAGCUCACUCACUUGGAUCUAUGUCGCAACAUUCUCCGGGGCUCAAUCCCAUUAAGCAUUGGUGCUCUUUCCCAGCUCACUCACUUGGAUCUAUCCAACAAUGAACUGAACGGAUCUAUCCCAACAUCCCUAGAUUUGCCUCAUCUUGUCUAUUUGAACCUUCGUAACAACCACCUCUCAGGCGGAAUCCCUUCAAGCAUUGGGGCUCUUGCAGAGCUCACAUACUUGGACCUGUCCAUCAACAACCUGAACGGAUCUAUCCCACCUUCCAUAGGCAAUUACUUGCCCCAUCUUGUCUAUCUGGACCUCGGUGACAACUCUCUCGCGGGCCUAAUCCCAUCAAGCAUUGGCGCCAUGGCCAAGCUCGAAAACUUGGUUAUGUUCGGCAAUGACCUGAACGGAUCUAUCCCAACAUCCCUAGACUUGCCGCAUCUUGUCCAUCUGGACCUCAGUUACAACAAUCUCUCGGGACCAAUCCCUUCAAGCAUUGGUGCUCUUGCCAAGCUUGAAAACAUGGAUUUAUCUGGCAAUGACCUGAAUGGAUCUAUCCCAACAUCCCUAGACUUGCCCCAUCUUGUCAAUUUGAAGCUCGGUUAUAACUCUCUCUCGGGCUUAAUCCCAUCAAGCAUUGGCGCUCUACCCAAGCUCAAAAACUUGGAUUUGUCCGGCAAUGACCUGACCGGAUCUAUCCCAACAUCCCUAGACUUUCCCCAUCUUGUCAAUUUGAAGCUCGGUUAUAACUCUCUCUCGGGCCUAAUCCCAUCAAGCAUUGGCGCUCUGCCCAAGCUUGAAAACUUGGUUUUGUCCAGCAAUGACCUGACCGGAUCUAUCCCAACAUCUCUAGAUUUGCCCCAUCUUGUCGAUUUGAGCCUUCAUGAUAACCUCCUCUCAGUCGGAAUCCUAUCAAACAUUGGUGCUCUGGCCAAGCUCGAAUACUUGGAUCUAUCCUUCAAUAUUCUUAAUGGAUCUAUCCCGCCAUCCAUGGGCAAUUGUACAAAACUAACCCUACUUGAUCUCUCUUAUAAUUUUUUGUCGCAAGGAUCCAUUGGAAGCAUAGGAAAUCUAACGAGUUUACAUUUCCUAGAUCUUUCCAACAAUCAAAUAAAUGGUUUCCCUUCGACCAUUUUGAAGUUAGCCUCUCUAACAACACUGGCACUUGGAUCCAAUCAGCUUAAUGGUCUAUUACCACCAGAGUUAGGAUCACUUGUUCUUCUCUCACAUCUGAAUCUUUCCAACAACCAGAUCAUGGGUUCCAUUGGAAGCAUAGGAAAUCUAACAAGUUUAGAAUUCUUGGAUCUUUCUAACAAUCAAAUAAAUGGUUCCAUCCCUCCAACCUUCUGGAAAUUGACCUCUGUUACAACACUGUCACUUGAUUCCAAUCAGCUUAAUGGCCUAUUACCGCCAGAGUUAGGAUCUCUUGUUCUGCUCACAAAACUGAACCUAAGUAGCAACCUGUUUCUAGGAAACAUUCCACCUGAGAUAGGACAUUGCCACCUUUUAUCAUCGUUACUCUUAUCAGACAACUUAUUGACAGGAGAAAUACCACAAGAACUUGGGUAUCUCACCAAUCUAUAUGAGCUAGAUUUGAGUAGAAACAAUUUAAAUGGUGCCAUCCCAACGACUUUUUCUAAUCUUACGCAACUGUAUAGACUGAAAUUAUCAUAUAACUAUUUGGCUGGCAGAGUUCCAUCUACCGCUGCAACAUUGAUCUCACUUGACCAUAAUAUGGAUUUAUGCGGCGAUUCCUAUGACUUAAAACCGUGUGAAACACCGAAGCUCGACAUGGAACACCUAAACAGAAAACAUUCACGUAUGGUACUUCUUGCUUUUUUUGCAUCCUUUUCCUUCACUUGCCUCUCAAUAGCAAGCAUCAUGGUUGUUUGUCGGAGAAAAAAGUGUGUAAAAAGUAAAAGCAAAAGAAAGUCUGGAGAUAUACUUUCUAUAUGGAAUUUCGAUGGAAAGAUCGCAUUCGAAGACAUACUCGGUGCAACAGAAAAUUUCGAUGAGAAAUAUUGCAUUGGCAUUGGGGGCUAUGGAACUGUCUUUAGAGUUGAGCUUGAGGGCGGGGUUACCUUUGCCGUCAAACGCCUGCAUUCAAUGGAAGAAUUCAGAGACGAGGAAACAUUUCACGCUGAGAUUGAAGUGUUGACGAAAAUUAGGCACCGAUGUAUCGUCAAGUUGUAUGGCUUCUGUUCACACUCCCAAUGCAAAUUCCUCGUGUACGACCUUAUCGAGAGGGGAAGCUUAUCAUCCAUUUUGCACGAGCAAGAUCUAGCAAAGGAGCUGGACUGGACAAAUAGAAUUGCUAUUGUGGCGGAUGUAGCUCAAGCUCUCUCCUAUUUGCAUCAUGAUUGCGAUGAUCCUAUUGUACACCGGGACAUAAAAAGCAGCAACAUUCUUCUGAACCGAGAUUAUAAAGCUUAUGUCUCGGACUUUGGCAUGGCGAGGAAGCUGAAGCAUGGUUGCUCAAGCUGGAGCACUAUCUUCGCAGGGACAUGUGGCUAUAUAGCCCCAGAAUUGUCAUCCACCAUGGUGUUGACCGAGAAGUGCGACGUGUACAGCUUCGGUGUGGUUGCGCUGGAAGUUGUGAUGGGAAAGCACCCAGGUGAUCUGCUCCUUCCGUUCUUCUGCCGAACAGAGCAGCCGGGGAAGUUCAACGAUAUCCUGGAUCGACGCAUCGCUGCGCCGUCAACCAUUCAUGAGGAGAAGGAUGUCAUUUUGGUUGCCUUGGUGGCCUUUGCUUGUCUGCAAGUCAAUCCCAAAUCCCGGCCAACAAUGCAGCAGGUGUAUCAGGCACUGACAAAUAGAAACCGCUCAACGUUCAUUCCCAGGCCCCUUCAUGAAAUCAGGCUACAAGAUUUGCAUGAUUACUGUGGCACAUUAAAAAAUGUAUGAAGCUCCUGUGUUGGUAAAAAAAUAUAUUGGCCUGUAUAUUAUUUGUGUGUAGAUUUCUAGGACGGAAGGAUUGGAUAACAGGGAAAAUACAUCCUUUGUAUGUUGACUCAGAUGUUUGUAAAGGGGAAUAGAUACAGUAUGUUUUAGUAGAAGUUAUGCAACAGGCUGGAUGUUUAACAGACAAAAGUUGAAACAACGGAAGCUGUUCAGCUUAGACUGGUACAGCGGCAUCCUUUGUGGUAGAAGAUGAAUUCAGAAAUUACUCUGCGUGGCUUCGA